UCACCAGACAAAAUUAUGAGUUCGUCGUAUUAUGUGAAUGCUCUUUUUCCCAAAUAUACGGCGGGGACAUCCGUUUUCCAGAACGCGAGUGGCUUUACAGAAGCAACUUCUUGCGCUUUUGCUACCAACUCACAAAGAUCCAGCUAUGGAGCGGGCGCCAGCGCCUUCCCAGCCCCGAUGGCCGGCCUGUACAAUGUUAACAGUGCAAUCUAUCACGGCCCUUCCAUGUACAACACAGGUUAUAACUUAAAUUCCGAUUCCUACAACCUGCGCUGCUCUGCCUUAGACCAGAACAUUCCAGUUCUUUGCAGCGAUCUGAGCAAACAGGGUUGCGAAAAAUUGGAUCAGACAAACGUGCACCCUCAAGCAGAGAGCAAUUUCCGGAUUUACCCCUGGAUGAGGAAUGCAGGCCCGGACAGAAAAAGAGGGCGACAGACCUAUACCCGUUACCAGACGCUGGAACUGGAGAAAGAAUUUCACUUCAAUCGCUAUCUGACUCGCAGACGGCGGAUCGAAAUCGCCCACGCUCUGUGUCUGACUGAGAGGCAGAUCAAAAUCUGGUUCCAGAACAGGAGGAUGAAAUGGAAGAAAGAAACCAAAGCUGGGAGUUCUAGCACCACGACCGAGGACAAGCAGGAAUGA